CCACUCCCAGGCGCUACAAAAGGACGUGAACAGAUUCCCAGCUCCCCCUCGGUGAUGGCAGGAGCUUUCCGGAUCUGCACGUAGAGAUGGAUCCGAACCUGCAGGUUGUAGAAGAGAACUACGCUAAUCCGAAAACUUGUUUUUUUCAUGUCCUCUUCAAGUCAGCUGCAUUGGCGUUCUACAUUUUAUCAGCUCUGUUCGUGAGCAACUUUGUCAUCAUAUUUGUUAUUACGGUCUUUUUGUCUGCACUUGAUUUCUGGGUCGUUAAGAAUGUCAGUGGACGAAUACUCGUUGGCCUACGAUGGUGGAAUGAAAUAAAUGAUCAGGGAGAGAGCGUGUGGAAAUUUGAGAGCCUUGAUCAAGAGUCCUUGGCUCGGAUGAAUAAAAAGGAUUCUUGGCUCUUCUGGUGGACCCUUUACCUUACUGCAGUUGCUUGGGUCUUCCUUGGGAUAUUUUCACUGAUAAGGUUCCAAGCAGAUUAUGUUCUAGCUAUAGGAGUUUGUUUGAGCCUAAGCAUUGCAAACAUUGUUGGCUUUACCAAAUGCCGCAAAGAUGCAAAGAAGCAACUUCAAGCCUUCGCAUCCAAAACCAUUGCAUCUCGUGUCUCAUCAACACUACAAUCGGCAUUCAGCAUCGUGUGAAUUUCAUACAGCAGUUCAUCAAGGGUGAGGUUCUCAAUGGGCCAUGGCGUUGGAACUUGUUGCUGCUUUCCUUUGCAAUGCAGCAGAUUCUUUUUUCUCGAUACAUAUCAUUGUCUGCAGUGCCUUCUCUUCCUCCUGCAUAAUAGCAUAAAUUUCAGAAUUUUUGUGAUUCAGAGACUGAAAAAACAUCACAUUUCAUUUCCUAUAUGAAAUCAAGAAAACCGCACUUUCUUUAUCCUCA